AUGGUCCAAGAUUGGAAAGACCUUGUCGCAAAGAAGCGUGCGGAACAAGCAAAAGGGCUGCCCGAAGAAUGGCGUCUCCCUUCCACUAUCCUAGAUACUAUCGGUGCAACUGCUGAUAUCAGUGUGCUUGAUGUCCCUGCCAAGUGUGGUCUUUUGACUCCAAAGGAACUCGAGAUCACCGAAAAAUAUGAUGCCGUCGAUUUGAUUGCAAAGAUGGCGGCAAAAGAGCUUUCUUCUUACGAAGUCACCCUGGCCUUGUGCAAAAGAGCAGCCGUCGCUCACCAAGUGACGAACUGUUUGACCGAGAUAUUCUUUGACAAGGCAUUGGAGAGGGCCAAAUAUUUAGAUGAAUACCUGGAAAAGGAGGGAAAACCGAUGGGUCCUUUGCAUGGUAUGCCUAUUAGCAUUAAGGACUCUUUCAAUGUCAAAGGCAUUGCGACCACGAUUGGUUAUGUAUCAUUCAUCAACAGGCCCCCGGCUGAUUUCAACUCGCCUCUGGUCGAUAUUCUUUUGGAGAACGGCGCCGUACUUUAUGUCAAGACCAACAUUCCACAGACUUUGAUGACAGCCGAUUCAGAGAACAACGUCUUUGGCCGUGUCCUUAAUCCUUACAAGCUCAAACUCAAUGCUGGCGGCAGCAGUGGAGGUGAAGGAGCUCUCAUUGGUAUGCGAGGAUCUAUCUUGGGUGUUGGAACUGAUAUCGGAGGCUCCAUCCGAAUUCCGGCCUUCUGUUGUGGAACUUUCGGUUUCAAACCUUCCGUUGAUCGUAUCCCCUUUGGCGGCCAGACGAAUCCUAUUCUGCCAGGCUGGACUGGCAUAAUCCCCGUUGCAGGCCCUCUGGCACAGAGUGUCCGUGAUGUCCGACUCUUCCUCGAGACGGUUAUCAAAUCACAGCCAUGGGAUUUCGACUACACGGCCAUUGGUAUGCCUUGGCAUCUAGUGGAAGAGAAAAAGACGCUCAACAUUGGAGUCUUGUUUGAAUGUCCGAGCUGGCCUGUCGCACCAACCAUCCUGCGGACGAUGAAGACGGCGACGGAGAAGCUCAAGGAAGCCGGCCACAACAUUAUUUUACUUGACAAGUUCCCGUCAUUCAAAGAGGCGACAGAAUUGUCGUGGGAAUACUUUGGCGUUGAUAACAAAGGAACCGGGUUCCAAUAUAUCGAGGACUCCGGAGAACCAUGGGUAACUUCGGUCAAAGAUUUGUAUACUCCGCCGCCGGAAGGAAUCAAGCCGAUGACCAUGGAGAGAUUCUUCGACAUGAACGAAAAACGUCUUGAAUUUCGAGCGGAGUGGUUGAAGAUCUUUAUGGAGAACAAGUUGGAUGUCAUAAUCGCCCCCGGGUCGCACAAGACCGCCGUUCCGCAUGACACAUUCAGAUAUCCUCCAUACACAGUGAUGUGGAAUCUUCUCGCGUAUCCUGCUUGUAUCAUUCCAUAUCUGAAAGCGGAUAAGACCAUCGACCUCGCUGAUCCAAAAAUCCCAGAAUACGAUCCGGAGGCUGUUGAUGGUGCACCUUGCAAUAUCCAGGUGAUCGCGAGGUCUGAGCAAGACGAGGAAUUGAUGGCUGCCAUUGAAUUGGUUUCCGAGGCAUUAGGUGUUUGA